AUGUGUGGAGAGAAUGCGCCCCGAAACAGGCAACUUGACACCUCAGGCAUCACAAUCUCCGGACCUCCGCCAAAAACACUUCACCAUCUCAACUUCACCUUCACCUUCAACCUCCAACAACCCAACACAUCAAUUCCCCCAGACACCAUGUCGUCCCCAGCACAACCCCCUCCCCCUCCCAAAUCGCCCCCUCCGACAACCAUCCAACCCACCCAACUCGCGCAGACCUACGCAACCGUCCACCCACUGCUCCUCCUCUCCCUGCUCGCCGCCCGCUUCCACGCCCUGAUCGCCGACCCCGUCGCCGAGCUCACCAACGCCCUGCCCCUGCUCGCCGUCCUGCAAGUCGCCUAUAUGACCAUCUGCCUCCCACCCGCCGGCGAGGACCACGCCCAUCACCCCGACGAGAAAGACCGCGAGGCAAAGAAAUCCAUCCCAGCCGGCAUGGUCCUGCGGCCCGGGAAACCGGGGUACCGGCGGCGGGCGAACGCCUCCUCGUCAGGGAAUGCCGUCAUGGCCAAGGUGAUUCCCUCCCUCCUCAGCCUAACAUUGACCACCCUCCUCGCAACCCCCGUCCUCGCCCUGUGUCUCGUGCUCUUCGGCGCCCCCGUGACAACCCACCACGCCGAGACGGCGCUCUGCGCCGCGCACAUGGCCGUGCUGGCUGCCACCGCGCUGAUCUACACGCACGGCGUCGACGGCGCCGUCUGGAAGGAGGUCUGGGGCGCGUCUCGCCCGGCGGAUGCGGUGUGGGGGGCGGCGUUGGGGACGUGUGUUGGUGCGUGGUUGGGGGCUAUUCCUAUUCCGCUUGAUUGGGACCGCCCGUGGCAGGCGUAUCCGAUUACCAUUCUUACCGGCGCGUAUAUCGGCCACUGUGUGGGCAGUUUUCUGGGUCGCUCGCUGCUGUUUGGGAAGAGGCUGGUGCUGGUGCCGGGGCCUGCGCCUGCGCCAGUUAGCUCGUAG